AUGCGCUACCAGAAAGGAGACAGCAACCAGGACUUGUACCACGACAGCUCGGUCUGUGGCGAGAAGGGCUGGACAGGGUGCUGCCACGAAAGCCCUAUGGGCACCACAAACCUACCCCCUUGCCACGACUCCGGCAGCCUCAGCCGUGACAUUGAGGGGUCCUGCCAGAGCGAGCCUCAGGGCUGCCAGCCCCUGGAGCCAUGCCCACCGCAGAGCUACUGCCCACCACAGCAGAGCUGCAACAAGCCCCGGCGGCGGGUGGAGGUGAGCCAUGUGCAGCCCAUCUGCCCCCCACCCGUGAAGAUCCAUCGCCGGCCCCUGCAGCAGUACCGUCCACCACUGCACUGCGAGGAGCCGGGAUGCUGCGGCAAGCCCCGGAGGAGGGUGGACCAGUGCCCAGUAGAGGAUGCUCGUCCCCCCGUGAUACUGCAUCCCCUGCCGCUGCAGCAUCGCUGCCCCUGCAGCCCGUGCUGCUGCCCACCGGUCCAGCACUGCCGCCCGGCUGCUGUGCCCCUGCCACAGCAUCCCAGCCAGCACCAGCAAAAGAAGGUCACUCUCUUGCCACCCUGUCUGCAGAAGAAGUGA